GAGCUAGUAGUAUGUGCACGCAGCAAAUGUUAUCUCUGUAGUAGCGUCCCGUUAUCUUGGUCCUACGGAAGGACCCAGUGUUGCCUUUCAAUUUCCAGAAGUACGUUGACGGUGACAAGUGUAAAUCGGUUGGCACUGUCUUUCCUUCGUGGAAGGUUUAAUGUAAGAGAUCACAAUAAGUUAUGUUUCGGAUCCCAAAAACAAUGCCUGUGAAUACUACUGUUGCUACAAAAAGACCAAAACAAACUCAAACAUGUUUGUACUCAUCUUAUGAAUGUACACAGCCUUGUCUUGAGGGAUAUAAUUAUUGUGCUAAACAUAUUCUUGAAGAUCCAAAUGCACCUUUUAAACAGUGUGGCUUUGUAUAUAAUACUAAUGGCAGGAAAUGCCAGAAUCCUGCACCAAGAUUUGAUAGAAGGGAUAUUUCGUAUUGUGCUGAACAUACAAGGAAAGCUCAGAUAGCACGUAUAAAAUCAACAGCACGUCAUUCUUUACCACAAACACCUGAAAUGCUCUUACUUAAUUUAAGUCACUAUGUUAAGAGGACAGAUUCAAGCACAGAAGAUACUGAAGAUGAUGAUGGAAAAAUUAAGGCACUAGAUCCUUUUACUGAAGUUGAUGCAUACAGAGUAAAUGCUAGUGGAUGUGAUAUUUUAGACUAUGCAAGUUCUUCUGACAGUGAUGUUGAACCUACAGUAGUAAGUGAUACUUUAAGAGGAAGUUAUCUUGAUGAUAGUGACAAUGAAAGUUUGUACAGUGCACAAGAAGAUCCCUUAAAUAUUAAUUUUUUAAGGCAUGCUGGAGUCUUUACUGCUGAAGAAGUGAUCUACAUUGCACGGGAGAAAUUAAUUAGGUUACAAUCCCUUUAUAUAGAUCAGUUUAGAAGACUGCAAUAUAUUUUAAAAGAAAAAAGACGAAAAUAUUUACAUGCACUUAAAAAGGAAAAAGAAACACUAUGUAGUAUACACGAUCAACCCAAAGAAAGUGCAAAAGAGAAAAAGAUUUAUGAAAAAUUAAAAGCCUUAAAUCGUUAUCAUAGGCGAAGUGGCGUUGAGGCUGUAUUGUAUAAAAAGUCAUUAGAACGCCGAGCACAGGCAACCGAUGGGUCCGCGCAAAAAGUACCAAGCGUAUCAAAAUGUAUCUUUACAGAAGGUGGAGUAAAAUGCGGAGAAAGAACUCUUCCUGCUGCAAAACAUUGUCGUAAACAUAUUCUUAAAGAUCAACAUCAAGUAUUAUUUAAAGCAUGUGGAGCAGUACGAGCGGAUAUCGAAUGUCAUGAACCAGUACCUGUAAUUUUUGACACAAAUUGUGUGUUUCAUAUGAAUUUACCAUCUGAAUGCAAACUAGAAUCUAUGAAGUUCAAAAAAUCAAAACCCGAACCGCAGAAAAUAUCUGCGUCGGAUAACAAUCAAUCUAUGGAGAUUGAUGUGGUAGGUGAGAUUCAAGAUAUCGAUCCAGACGAUGAUAUGGCAGGGUUAAUGAGAGAAAUGAGUGACGCCGCACACAUGAAACCAGUAUUUAACGAAAGUUUGAAUAGCGAAGCUAGCACGGACACAGCAUUUAGUUUAUCGGCACAAAUGAGUGAUAGAGAUGACCUUGUAUCUAUGUGACAAAGUAUCUGCCUGUAAUUUUAAAUAAUAAAAUAUUAAUUUUAUUGUUAUAUAA